AUGGCUAAAUCCUGGGAUGAACAUAAAGACAUCAUAUUGGAGUAUUACGCUCGUCAUAAUCUUUUAGACACUGUCAGAUACAUGAAAGAGAGAUACAACUUCCAUGCUGUACCACGAUCUUACCACAAGAAAUUCGUCGAGUGGAAAAUUUGCAAGCACGAGAACAGAACAAAACAAGGCUAUCGAGAUAUUACAGCAUAUUCGCGACUGUCCACGGAGCUCACUCAGGGUAGACCAAGCGAGGCCUUGUCAAACCUUACAUCCGACGAAUGCUCAACGAGCCAUACGACGUCAAGAUGCUCAUCGCCACCCACGAAGUCAGAGGCGCCGCAAAUGGAAGGGACGGGACGACACAGUCUGACGUGCCCCGAUAUCGAGUGGAGUGCAGAAGAAAUCAUUAGGCAGCUGAAUAACUCUCAGAAACUCCUAGAAGAAUGCCUCGCAAAGAUGGCUGCCUACAUCGCAGAACGCAGAGCUUUUGCAAGUACCAGCACCCCUUUUUGA